AAAAAAUUAACUGCAAGAGUUUGGUGGCCACUUCACUCCAAACUCCCACCGGCCGGCCUCCGGUUUCUUUCUCACCUCUGAUGUGAAUUAGGAGCACAGCACUGAUCUCAUUAGCCAUUACAAUGGCCUUCCUUGAAGCAUAGAUUAUACUGAAACAGUUGUUGCAGCCCAGCCUUAAAGCAUCAGCAAGACUGCAAGAGUACUUGCUGCCGAGGAGAUCCCUGCACACACGCCGAGGCCCAGCGGCGCCGCUUUGUCAGCCACCAUGUUGAUGAUCCCUUGAGGCCUCACCAUUCCGCAUGGUGAAGCAACCUUGCUAGUAUACACAGUGACCGCUCUUACUUGCCCUUCACUUUCACCAUCGCCAUGAGCUCUAGUUCUCUCGCCGCGUGGCUUGCCCUUGUGGUUCUUGCCUUGGCGUGCCACCAUGGGCCGGCGGGCGCGGCAGCCGUGGCGCUGUCGACGGCGUCGCGGUGGAUCGUGGACGAGAGCGGGAGCCGGGUGAAGCUGGCGUGCGUGAACUGGCCGUCCCACCUGGAGCCGAUGCUCGCGGAGGGGCUGGGCAAGCAGCCCGUGGGCGCCAUCGCCGGGGACGUGGCCGCCAUGGGGUUCAACUGCGUCAGGCUCACCUGGCCGACGUUCCUGGUCACCAGCGCCUCCUACUCGAACCUCACCGUCGCGCAGUCCUUCCAGCGGCUCAACCUCACCGAGUCGCUCGCCGGCAUCAGGGUGAACAACCCCGGCAUCGUGGACCUCAGGCUCAUCGACGCGUUCAAGGCCGUGGUGAUCAGCCUGGGCGAGAGCAACGUGAUGGUGAUCCUGGACAAUCACGUGAGCAAGCCCGGGUGGUGCUGCGGCAACACCGACGGCAACGGCUUCUUCGGCGACGCCUACUUCGACCCGGACGUUUGGAUCGACGGCCUCACCAGGAUGGCCACCAUGUUCGCCGGCGCCCCCAACGUCGUCGGAAUGAGCCUCAGGAACGAGCUCAGGGGGCCCAGGCAGAACGCGAACGACUGGUACAAGUACAUGCAGCGCGGCGCGGAGGCUGUGCACGCGGCGAACCCGCGCGUGCUCGUCAUCCUCUCGGGCCUCAGCUUCGACAACGACCUGGCGUUCCUCAACUCGCGGCAGGUGAACCUCAGCUUCACGGGGAAGGUGGCGUUCGAGGUGCACUGGUACGGCUUCUCCAACGGGCAGGAGUGGAGCACGGGCAACGCCAACCAGGUGUGCGCGCGCAUCUCUGCCAGCGUGUCCCGCCGCGCGCUCUACCUGCUCGACCAGGGCUGGCCCGUCUUCCUGAGCGAGUUCGGCGUCGACAACCGCGGCGGCAACACCAACGACAACCGGUACUACGGGUGCGUUGCCGCCGUGGCCGCCGACCUGGACCUGGACUGGGCGCUCUGGACGCUGCAGGGUAGCUACUACAUCCGGGAGGGCAUCCUGGGGCUCGACGAGGUCUACGGCGUGCUCGACUGGGCCUGGUGCAAGCCGCGCAACGACACCGCGCUGCGCAGGAUCCACGCCCUGCAGCGCCCCUUCAGAGGCCCCGGUCUCGCGGAGGCGGCGCCGUACACGGUGCUGUUCCACCCGGUGACGGGGCUGUGCGUGGUGCGGCGGUCCCUGACGCAGCCGCUGGAGCUGGGCCCGUGCAACGAGACGGAGGCGUGGACGUACAACACGCAGCAGCAGAGGCUGGUGCUGCGGGACAGCUCGCUGCUGUGCCUCCGCGCGGAGGGCGCCGGCAGGCCCGCGCACCUCGGUGUGACGUGCGGCGACGAGCUGGCACGGUGGCGCCUCGUGUCGGAUUCCAAGCUGCACGUCGCCGUCAACGCGUCGUCGUCCUCUUCCUCCUCCGGGAGCAGCGACGGGAUGCUCUGCCUGGACGUGGGCGCGGACGGCCGGAGCGUGGUGACCAACCCGUGCCGGUGCCUGAGCGCGGACAACAGCUGCGACCCGGAGAGCCAGUGGUUCAAGCUCGUGAGCAGCACGAGGAGCGUGGCCAGCAAGAGCAUGCUCGCGCAGCUGCCUCUCAAGCUCAAAAACUGGAAGAUUAGGUCGUUUUGAUCGUAGGCUUCCACCUUACCGAGAAAAUUGUACAUGAGCUCAAGCUCACACGUACGUAAGCUGUAGCACGAUCUAGAGCGACGGGAGAGAUAAACGCUAGCUGCCCUAGAACUUGAGCAGAGUUCUUAAGGCAACUAGUCAGCAUUUCGGCAUAAUCCAUUUGAACAUGCACAAUCCCUAAUUCAACAUCUGUUUUUCUUA